UUGCUAUGAUAUAUGUACAGUUUGCUAUGAUAUCGUUUCCCUACAUAAAAACAUAAAUCGAUGAGCAAAGUAGAUUGAAUGGGGUCAAUGUCGGCAGCAUCACCGAUGAUCAAAGUCGGAGCCAUCUGCGGUUCUCUUCGAAAAGCUUCAUACAACCAUGGCCUCAUCCGAUCCGCCAUCGACUUAACAAAACAAUCAUCAGCAGUCCAAGGCAUGUCCAUCGAAUACAUCGACAUCUCACCGUUGCCAAUGCUCAACACCGAUCUUGAGAUCGACGGCAAAUACCCGCCAGCAGUCCAAGCUUUCCGUGACAAGAUCCUCAACUCAGAUUGUUUCUUAUUCGCUUCUCCAGAAUACAAUUACUCAGUGACUGCACCUUUGAAAAACGCGAUAGAUUGGGCGUCAAGGCCGCCAAAUGUAUGGGCUGAUAAGGCGGCUGCUAUUGUCAGCGCUGGUGGUAAUUUUGGUGGAGGAAGGUCUCAAUAUAUUCUUCGACAAAGCGGUGUUUAUUUAGAUUUGCAUUUUGUUAACAAGCCUGAGUUUUUUCUGAAAGCCUUUGAGGCGCCACCGAAGUUUGAUGAUCAAGGUAAUCUAAUUGAUGCUGAUGCUAAGGAGAGGUUGAAAUCUGUGCUUUUGGCACUCAAGGCUUUCACUUUGAGACUUCAAGGCUCAGGUUAAGCAAGUAUAUCUCUAAUUAGCCCUCCUCCUUUGAUUUAGAUUCUAUUAUUUGUUAUAUCUCUUUGUAUCCGGUCUUCCAUAGGAUUGAGUAUUGUUGUUGUUGUUGUCGUUGUCGUUAUUGUGAACUGAAACCCAUAGAUUGAUAUUAUGAUUUGUAUGUGCAUGAAUUGGGUGUGUUCUGUUUGUUGUUUUAACUUCACUUUUUAUGCAAUAAACUGCUUUGUACA